CAAUGGCCAGCCGCAGGCCGCGCGUGUGGUGCUGGCUCUUCCCCACAGACCAUUUAACAACCUCACGCCGCGGCUGCUCCCGGCGAUGAGGCGCAUCGGCGGCUGCCGGGGGUCAGCGCGGACACCGCCGCCGUCCCGCCCGUCACGGAGGCACCCGGGCAGGCAGCGGGAGGCUCGGGGGGAAAACACGAGAUCGCGCCGAUCGCCCGCCCGCGGCUUUCCCUCAAGGGAGCGCGGCCCUCCCGCCGGCCGGAGGGCUUAGCGCCGGGCUGAGCCAUGUCUCAAGCCGUGCAGACGAACGGGACGCAGCCUCUAAGCAAAACAUGGGAGCUCAGUUUGUAUGAAUUGCAAAGAACGCCUCAGGAAGCAAUCACCGACGGCUUGGAAAUAGUGGUGUCACCCAGGAGCCUGCACAGUGAGCUGAUGUGUCCCAUCUGUUUGGAUAUGUUAAAAAACACCAUGACGACAAAAGAAUGUUUGCAUCGCUUCUGUGCUGACUGUAUCAUUACAGCCCUCAGGAGUGGCAACAAAGAAUGUCCCACGUGUCGUAAAAAGCUAGUUUCAAAAAGAUCGCUGAGACCAGAUCCCAAUUUUGAUGCUCUCAUCAGUAAAAUUUAUCCAAGCCGAGACGAAUAUGAAGCUCAUCAGGAGAGAGUGCUGGCAAGAAUCAGCAAGCACAAUAACCAGCAAGCUCUAAGUCACAGCAUUGAGGAAGGAUUAAAGAUUCAGGCUAUGAACAGGCUACAGAGGGGCAAGAAACAACAGAUUGAGAAUGGCAGCGGAGCAGAAGAUAACGGUGACAGUUCGCACUGUAGCAAUGCCUCAACACACAGCAACCAGGAAGCGGGGCCUAGUAAUAAGAGGACCAAAACAUCGGAUGAUUCUGGGCUAGAACUGGACAAUAACAACACGCCCGUGGCAAUCGACCCCGUGAUGGAUGGCGCUAGUGAAAUCGAGUUAGUCUUCAGGCCUCAUCCCACCCUCAUGGAGAACGAUGACAGUGCCCAGACGAGAUACAUCAAGACCUCAGGCAAUGCCACAGUUGAUCACUUGUCCAAGUACCUAGCUGUGAGAUUGGCCUUGGAGGAGCUUCGUAGUAAAGGAGAAUCAAACCAGAUGAACCUCGACACGGCCAGUGAGAAGCAGUACACCAUUUACAUUGCUACUGCCAACGGGCAGUUCACUGUAUUAAAUGGGUCCUUUUCCUUGGAACUGGUCAGUGAGAAGUACUGGAAAGUGAACAAACCCAUGGAACUGUACUAUGCACCAACAAAGGAACAUAAAUAAGCUGUGCUGGAAAACUGAGAUGGGACUAACUCUUUUUAUAGCUCUGACUUCUUUAAUAUUACAAGGCACCACCAUUAUCUUCAUGGAUGAUACAAGUGAUGCCUUCAGGCUCUCUCGGUACACUUAUCAAUAUGAUUAGACAGUAUUCUGGGUUGUAUUUAAUUUAGUCUUUGUUCUGGGUUUUUGGUUUUUCCCUAGGAGACUAAAUGACCUUCUCCAGUGCGUUCCAGUGUUUGACAUGCUUUUUUGUUCCUAAUGCAUGAUAACCGAACGAGUGUUCCAGUUUGGAAUGUCUUAAUUUUUGUCCAGGUAAAUCUGGAUUUCUAAUACAUUUGACACAGUUAUAGUAGCCUCUGUGAAGUACCCAGCAUUGGAUGGCUAAGUAAGUCUAUUCAAAAGUAACAUAUGCCAAGGAACGUGUUAAAUGUUGUAAUUUGCUAAUGGUUAUCCAUAUAAAAGAUUGGUAGAGAAUUGAUUUCUGAUAGUCUUGCAGCUGGAGGUAAUCUGAUUCCCUAGAAAAGAUUUAUUAGUCAUUUUAUUAUGAGCAAGUAGAGCUGUAGCGAGGAAACUGACACUUUAAAACCUUGCUGUUCACUGGGCUUAAUACUUCACAGUGCAAGGUGAUUCAGGAGGUUGGUUUGCUUUUUAACAAAUAUUUCAGUCAAAAAUCCCCCAAACAGCCCAAACCCGCUAACCUCCUUGCGCAGAACCUGCCAGCAGCUCCCCCUCCGGCCCCAGCCGCGGUGCUGCCCGCCUUGCCAGCGCAACCGAAGAAAACCUGGAAGUUCGACAGCCCUGCUCUCUUCCCUACAAUAAAAGGGUUUUAUGGUGAAUGUAUUAGAAUGUUCUGCAAAGGACAUUUUAAAGCAAAUCCCCCAAAUUCCAGCACACGGACAUAAUGCGACGUGGAAAUGCUUUGCUUUAUGGAAUUUGUGCUGCCCUAGCUGCGAGCUUAUCCGGGCUUCAGUUUGAGUAGGGAGGACUUCAACCGUAAGCUGCUCAAAGAUUAUAUUUUUAAAUUUUUUUUUUUGUUAUUUUUUUUUUUUUGCCAUAGCUUUAACAAAUGUGGCUUAGCACUUUGGAAGACAAUUUUAGUACUUGACAAAGUUUACCAUUUAGUGUCUUAAGUUUAGGUUCAAGUUUUAAAACUUGGCAGUAGGCUGGCGUGGGAAGUCCAGCAGCUACUGUUGAUUUGCAUGUUAAAACUCCUCGCCCCUCGCUCCGGACCUUGCUGGCGCUCAGCGGGGGUCGCUUUACCCGUCGGCAUUUGGGCUCAAGGGGAGGGACGUCAUCGCCCAGAGCUUCCCUUUGCUGGAAGACGUGCAGAUGAAGCCUUCGCCCCUCUGCACCCGAAGCUAGAAGCAAAAACCGUCGCGGAUAGGUGAGAAGUAAUAUACUUGAAACCAUGGGGUGGUGUUCCUUCGGUCUUGCCCGUGGUUAGCCCGACCGUGGCGCGUGGUACGCAAGCGUUCUGACGCCCGGGGAUCCUCCUGGGGAGGAAGCGCCUCCCGUCGCUUCCGCCUUUCCAGCCUAGCACUUGUACAUAGGUGUCCGUUCCGCUGCUCUUUCAGAUCAGCUUUAUCCCGAUGUGAAAACUGCACAGGCUUCUUUGGGUAACUUCAUUAUUUUCUCUGUCUGGAAAGACUUGGGGUUUUUGUGACAUGAAAUGGAAGCUUUCAGGCCCCAGAACACAGAGCGGGCAGUUUUUAAGGAAACGUGUUAUUCAUGACUUUCUGGUGAAAUGUUGCAUUGUAUAGACUAGUAGUGCAUGUCCACUGACUAUAAUCUGGGGGGUGGGGGAGCCGUGAUUAUAAAUGCUUUAAAAUUUAUGGGGAAACUUCUAGAUUAGUUGCAGCCUACCUUCCCGUUGUGAUAGCUAAGGUAAUGUCCAGUCCCUCAAGCAAGAGGUGUUUGUGAAGCUGAGCAGUCUGUCUAGGAGCUGUCUGUCACUUUGUCCCCAGUUCUUUAAAAAACGUGGGAGAAUGUGAAGCUUUUAUUUUCACAUGUUGUAGUGAAUUUACUGAAUAUUUAUGUUCUUUAAAUAUUAUAUAUAUAAUGUAGUUGUUUGAUUAAACCAUUGAUUGCACUGUGGCUCUUUAGUGCUACAAACUUAUUUUCAAAAUGACUUUACCCUUCCACCUUUUAAAGCCCUGUUAUUUUUGAAGUACAUAAGGUGUGUUAAUCAUGGGUAAGCCUAACGG